AUGUCCACCACAACCAACAGUAUCGACGUCUCGGGGUGCUAUUUCUCCACCUGGCCUUCCCCCGUCCCGCGCCCUGGAAGGCAGACACAAGCACAACGCCAAGAACAAGCAUGGCAAAAUUUCCGAGGUGUCCAGCAGCAUCUGGUCCAAGCCGCUAAGGAAGCCCAGGGCAAGAGGGCUUACUUUGACCUUGUUAAGGCCCAGAAGGCACACACCUGGACCGGCGCCUACCAACCACGCUCAAAGCCCGGUCAAGCCUUCCACUACUGCCGCAAGCACCAGGAGGGGUGGAACAAGUCGCGCCCUAUUGACUGCCGGUUCGCCACGUUGGACGAGAGAACAGGCGCCAUCAGUUUUGACAGCAAUGCAGCGAUGGCAGAGCGCGAGCGCGUCCACAACGCGUAUAUGCAGCUUAGUGCUGCAUAUGCCUGGGACAAGGACGGCGUUUCCUGGCCGGACCUUUACAAGAAUGAGUUCCCUUUUGCUCGAUAUGAGUAA